AUGGACAUCACCUUUGGGAUUGCGAUUCUGAUACAGGUCAUCACUGGGAUAUCAGCGAAUGGAUUCCUCUUCCUGUUUUAUACCCACAAGUUCUAUGCCAGCCACCAGCUGAGCUCCUCUGACUUCAUCCUUGCUCACCUGGCCUUAGCCAACAUCAUAGUUUUUCUCACUGGGGGAGUCCUAAACGCUCUGGAAAUUUGGAGCCUGGGAAAUUUCCUAGAUGACGUCGGAUGCAAGAUGGUCAUGUACUUCUAUCGAGUGGCCCGCGGCCUGUCCAUCUGCAACACCUGCCUCCUGAGCGUCUACCAGGCCAUCACCAUCAGCCCCGGGACCCCCCGGUGGGCUAGGCUUAAGGCAAAAUUAUCCAAAUUUGUGCUCUCCUCCUGCCUCCUCUUCUGGAUCUUCAAUCUCCUCUUAGGUUUUGGUGCACCGAUGUUUGUGGCAGGUCCCCGGAAUGGCUCCAGGGAUCGAAUCACGUUGGAUUUUAAAUAUUGCACAGAGGUCCCUGUCAGUGAGGCAACCAACCUGAUAAAUGCAGUUGUGCUCUGUGCCUGGGAUCUGUUGUUCGUGGGGCUCAUGAGCGCAGCCAGUGGCUACAUGGUGUUUGUCCUGCACAGACACCACCGGCAGAUCCAGCACCUUCACGCGCCCGGACGUCCCCCUGAGGCGAUGCCUGAGAUCAGGGCAGCCAAGAGGGUCAUUGUCCUGGUAGUGUUCUAUGUCCUGCUGUAUGGACGACAGACCAUCAUGUUCAGUGUUUUGCUAAACAGAAAAGAAAAUUCUGCAUGGCUGGUGAAUAGCCAUGUGGCUUUUUCGAUUACCUUCUCAGCCGUGAGUCCAUUCCUGAUGAUUUCCAGCGACCGGAGAAUAAGGACACUUUGGAAAAGGGAAUCUCCUCUUUCCAAUGAGGAUCCCUAG